AUGACGAAUCGAUACAGCGAGAACUCUCUUACAGCCCUUCAGAAGGGACAAGUGGUCCAUCAUACUGCUACGCAGGCAGUUUUGGGACAAGAUCCUCCUGCGAUAAACAAAAUAACCCAACAGACUGUCACGGUUACACAGUCAGGGGCUCCGCAGGGGUCCAGCGCAGCUGACUUGCUGGUCCAGCAGACUGCGCAGAGUUCUGUUGUGACAGAACCAGUGAUCCAGGCAGCGAUCUGUGAGGGUUCACUCGACCCCGCGAUCCUAGAGAUCUUAGGGAGACGUUUCUUGGAGGAUCGAGUUCUGGCAGAAGCAAUUCCUAAGGACUUAGUUGUUCGUUUGGAAGAAAUCCUAAAGACGGAUUUGCCCACAGAGGACAGAGUCUCUCUCAUAAAAAAGCACCCUCCGCCGUCCAAUUGCGUCAUCAUCGAUCCACCGAGAGUCAAUCCCGAGGUUCAGGCGUCUUUACAUGGGUCGGUUGUAAAGAGAGACGAGAGGAUUCACGCAAGGCAGUCGAAGAUCACGGCGUGUCUCGCCGCAAUCGUAAAGGUUUUCUCGAAAGUUCUAGAGGGCGGCGCUGAAAAAUUACUCAUUCUCGAGCUAUUGGGCGACGCUUCGAGACUGUUAGCUGACCUCCUCCACGACGAGUCGAUCAUAAGGAAAAGCCUGAUCCUCGCGAACUUAAACGUAUCGUGUAAGGAGACCUUGAACGCUACUGUCCCAGAUGAAUGGCUGUUCGGACAACAAUUGGAGGAGAAAUUAAAGGCGGCGAAGGCACUUGAGAGCUCGCGCAAGGAGCUGAAAGCUCCUCAAAAGCCACAGGGACAGAAGAAUUCAAAAAACUCGACAGCCCCGCCGCGUCGUCCUCAGAACAACCAGAGAUUUGCUACGACGUCAGGCGGGAGAAAGGAGCCGAGGAAUCAAGGAUAUUCGUCAUUCCGCCGAGACAACCACAAGAACGGGACCAACUGGAAAAACAAUCAGAAGUCCGAGCGGAGCAACAACCGGAAGCGUUAUUAGAACCAGGAACCUCAUCCGUUAUGGCAGCACACUACCCUGGUGGCCGCAAUAUUAUCAGGAAAGCCUUCGAGAUAAGGAACGUCCCCGAGGAAUCCUUCGAGUUGAUGCUGGCCUCGCUCCGCAAUUCAUCGAUGAAGCAAUACGACGGCGCGUUGAGGAAAUGGUGGUCUUUUUGCUCAGACAGGAACGUCAGCCCUUUCGAUAAUUCGAUUGAAAACGUGUUACUAUUACUAACCAACGAAUAUAACAAGGGAGCAUCUUACGGAUCCCUAAAUUGUUUAAGAUCGGCGUUAGCCUCAGUUUUGGGACCUCACGUGGGGCAAGACCCUAGAGUAAAAAGACU